AUGGCUUCACCACCCACGGCGGGCACUGAUGGCCAGUCCUUGGAAGAACACAUCCAGGAGAUCAUGCGGGCGUCCUCAAAACACGACAUUGAGAGACUAGAAAAGUGCAUCAAGGAAUAUUCUUUUCCAGAGUGCAAGGCCGUUGACGUACAAGAACCGACGACAGGCCAUUCGCCUCUUCACGCUUCCAUUGCUUCAUGCAAGCCUGCAGUAAAUGGAAGUGGCACGGAACAGGAACAGGAACACGAGACUACCGACGUUGAGGCCAGCGGCGUCGACACUGUCAGGUUCUUGUUGGAAAACGGUGCCAUUUGGAAUCAGGUCGACGAUAACAACGAGACCCCAGGCUGCCUGGCCUACCGACUGGGACUGACCAGUCUAUACCAACUCAUGGUCGAUGCUGGCGUUCGCGCCGAAAUGCUACUCAGCCGGCUAGAAGAGUAUGAGAAGCUGGACGACGAUGAAGGCGACGAUGCAGAUAAUGGCAUGGGAACGGCAUCCCCUCAGGCAGAACCCGAGGAGCAGGAUGAGUCACUGGCCGUCUCAACCGCGCAGGCACAGGCACAGGCACAAGACGUCAGCAGCUCGGUCUACCUUUCGUCUGCCUUGGCGCUCAGCAGUGAUAAACUCCUCGAUGAACAGCAAAAUGGGGUGAUGAUGGCAUGGGAAGGCGGCAUCAUGCAGCGGUCGGCGGACGCUCUCUUGUCGGAGCCAGGAAUGCAGAUUCUGAAUAUUGGAUUUGGAAUGGGCAUCAUUGACUCGUGCAUUCAGAACCAUGUUAAUAAACCAGCAAGCCACCAUAUCGUCGAGGCCCACCCUGCCGUUCUCACCGAGAUGCGGGACAAAGGAUGGAUGAACAAGGCCAAUGUCGUCGUUCAUAGCGGAAAAUGGCAGGACAUUCUCCCCCAACUGGUCGCCGAGGGCGAAGUCUUUGAUGCCAUCUAUUUCGACACUUUUGCAGAGUCCUAUGCCGACUUCAGAGACUUCUUCUCUGAGCAGGUGAUUGGCCUUCUGAAUGAGAGGGGCAAAUGGUCCUUUUUCAACGGCAUGGGUGCCGAUCGUCAGAUCAGCUACGACGUCUACCAGAGAGUGGUCGAAAUGGAUCUCUUCGAAUCUGGCUUUGAUGUGGAAUGGGAAGACGUCACGCUUCCCGAUCUGGACCACGAGUGGGAAGGGGUUCGAAGAAAAUACUGGAAUGUGCACAGCUACCGGCUUCCAGUCUGUAAAUUCAUGGACUGA